CGCGCGCUGGCCUGGAGGCCGACCUGGGGGCCCAUCUGGAGGCCAACCUGGCCCGGCAGGCAUUGCGCGGGCAAGAUGGCGGCGCCCGGCGAGCGGGGCCGCUUCUACCGCGGAAGUCUCUUCUCCUUCUUGCCCGGCGGCGCGCGCUCGGAGGUGAUGGACGACCUGGAGACCGACGCGCGGGGCCGGGGCGCGGGGCGGAGAGACGCUGCCGCCUCGGCCCCGACGCCAGCCCCGGCGCCGACCUCCGAUUCUCAGGUCUCCGAGGACGCUUCCCGGAGGCGGCCCUGCAGGGCCUGCGUGGACUUCAAGACGUGGAUGCGGACGCAGCAGAAGCGGGACAGCAAGUUUAGGGAGGAUUGUCCACAGGAUCGAGAGGAACUGGGCCGCCACAGCUGGGCUCUUCUCCACACCUUGGCUGCCUACUAUCCCGACCUGCCCACCCCAGAACAGCAGCAAGACAUGGCCCAAUUCAUGCAUUUAUUUUCCAAGUUCUACCCAUGUGAGGAGUGUGCUGAGGACCUAAGGAAGAGGAUACGCAGGAACCAGCCAGACACUCGCACUCGGGUGUGCUUCUCCCAGUGGCUGUGCCGCCUGCACAAUGAGGUGAACCGCAAGCUGGGCAAGCCUGACUUCGACUGCUCGAAAGUGGAUGAGCGCUGGCGUGACGGCUGGAAGGACGGCUCUUGUGACUAGAGAGUGGCAGCCAGAACCCAUGGGGCAGCCAGCCAGGGCCCAUAGGGUGGCCUGGCUGGACAGGAGCAGGGGGAGCUCAUUAAAGUGAACAGAGCCAGAG